AUUUGUUAAUGUCAAUGAGGACGACAGAACUUAAUUUAAUGAUAAUACAAAAAUUAAAAGCGCUAGAAAAAUUUUGUACCUAGGAAAAGGACAGAGUGAUUAGUUCAAUCUCAGUGUGGAAAAUUUAAAAAUCAAUUUUAAAUCGUUGAAAGCAAAAUGGUUAAAAUAGCAUUGAAAAUCAAAGUAUUGUUGGAGAAUAUAGAAGAAUUGAAGUCUUCAGGAUCAAGCCAUAAUUGGUACUUCAAAUUCAAAUGUUGCAAUUGUGGUGAAAUAACAAAGAAAUGGUGCUCUGUUUCCUUAGAAGAUUCUAUCCCAAGUACAAAAGGGAAUGCUGUGAAUCAUUUUCUAGCUAAAUGCAAGCUUUGUGGUCGUGAGAACUCUAUGACUAUUGUAGAAGAUUCUAUCAAAUCGUUUACUGCUGAGGAUCAAGGAAGAUUUAAAAAAAUCGUUAUAUUAGAUUGUAGAGGACUAGAACCUUGUGAUUUUUCUGCACGAGAAGGAUGGAUUGCAAAAGCUAUUGACAAUGGUACGGAAUUUACAGAUGUUGAUUUAUACGAAUACGAAUGGAUUGAAUAUUGCGAGAAAAUAAAGAAACCUGUUGGAAUAACCGAAAUUGAGCACAGAUUUGAAAGAGUUAAAUAAGAUAUAUAUUCAUACAGAUGUAUAUAAACUAGUUCCCAAUUAGUUUCCUAUUGUUUCAAUUACUUAUUAAGUUUACACGAUUGUCAUAUCUACUCUUUUUCUGGUUGAAAAUUAUUAGAUCGCAUUUAUUCAUUAUACUCAUUAUCAUACUUUCUAAAGUAUGCAUAUUUUCUAAUAGCAACUUAGAAUAACACAAAAGAUUAUUAAAUUGGAAUUACUUACUUUAAGUAUAUUAUUGUUUAUAUCAACUAUGUACAAAGUCCUUGAAUAAAGCAGUAAUUUCAUAAUGCAUCAGUAUGUGCAUUGUUGUUUCUCAUACAUAAUUGCAUUGUACAAGUAAUUACUGCUGAAUUUAAAUGUGAACUACAAGAUGUUAAUGCUGAUUAUAAGGGUAUGUGAGCGUACAAACUGACACAUAACUCUAACGACAUAAUAUAAUUUAUUCAUAAUCAUAUAAAAAAACCAUUUAAUUUCAUAAAUGGCUCAAUACACAGGAAAUAUCAUUCGCAACAAUUAUUUCGCUAUUCCUCUGAAUAUGUCCAAACCUGCCAAUUGUUGCCAAAACAAAUGCCUGCAAUUAUGAUCACAAAUUAACAUUAAAAUUCUUUUUAACUAUUUUUAAAUUAUGAAUGAAUCUCAAAUAGAAAUUUUAAAUGUAGAUAUAACGUGCUAAUGUUCUAUAUUUCUGGAAUGUGUCGAUGCAACUAAUGAAAAUAAUUAUAUUUAUACGUAUUAAACUUCUUGACAUGUAGUUGUAAAAUUAUAAUCUUCAUUGAUUAAAAACUAAGUCUGUACAGUUUGUAGGUAUAAAAGUUUGAAUUAUUUCAUAUAAUCUAAGCUAGCUUAGAAACAUAAAACAUUCUUAUUAUCGGGACUAACUUCCAACUGGUUGUACAAUGUACAAUAAAAAAGUUUUUGCAAAAUGCGGAAAUAAAUCACAAGAAAUAUUUAAAGAAAUAUUCUAGAUUUUUUUAAUCAUUGGUUACCUAUCUCUCUAAUUCUACUAACGCUAUAUUCUUCUAAUGUCUCUCUUUACUAUGGUUUUCUAAUACCUAACACAAAUAAAUAUCAUGUGCGCAUUACAUUCCAUUGCCCUUAAAGGGAUUUAACAUAUAAAUCACAUGUAAAUAAUCAUUUCUAAAUGUUUUAAUCUAACAAUAAUAAAUAACUCUAUCAGUCUAUUCUCACAAAAAUAUCACUGCGACUGAAAAUAUUCUUAUCCUUUGAAUCACCAGAGUCAAAUCUUUAUAUAUCCGCUAGAGUAGAUAUCACAUUUAUACAGAAUAUAGAACCAGCUCUUUUUUUCUUGUAUAAAACAACCGGAGUAUCUGUAUUAUUAGAUUUAUUACAACAAACAGUACUUAAUAGUAAAUGUUCUAGUUAAGAUGUCCUAGUAAUAUGUUCUAGAUAAGACUCGAACAAUGAUAUUAGUAACAAUAAUUUUUAUAACACGCAUGAAUGUAGCGGUAUAAAUUAAGAUAGGCCA